GCGCGGGGCAUGCUGGGACAGGGGCUCCAAAAUGGACAACCACAGGGAUGCGCCAGGGAAGGCGAGCCGGUGGUUCGGUGUGUCCCAGUCCAAGUCGGCCAAGACGAGCGUGAACAUCCUGCAGCAGGAGGAGCUGAUUGCCCAGAAGAAACGGGAGAUCGAGGCCCGGCUGGAGCAGCAGGCGCGGCAGAACUCCCUCAGCAUCCCGCAGCUCCCGCUGCUCGGAGACGAUGAUGGCUCCGAGAGCGAGGCCUCCGUGUCCAACAAGUUUGUGAACGAUGGGAGCUUCCUGCAGCAAUUCCUGAAGCUCCAGAGGGAAAAAUCCAAUGCUGAAAGUGCCCCAAAUGUGCCCCCAACAACUCCAGGAAUGCCCCAGCUCCAAAUCCCAGAAAGAGACAGCCAAAGCAGUACUGACAGCCUCCUUAAAGUUUUGCCCCCAGAGGACGCGGAGACGCGGCAGGUGGUGGAAAAGCUGGCCAGGUUCGUGGCUGAGGGCGGCCCCGAGCUCGAGAAGGUCGCCAUGGAGGACUACAAGGACAACCCUGCUUUCUCGUUUUUGCAUGAUAAGAACAGCAGAGAAUUCCUUUACUACAGGAAGAAAGUGGCAGAAAUAAGGAAAGAAAAUCAAAAUUCCCAGGCAGCCUCUUCCCAAAAAGCCGACCAGGAGACGCGGAACUCGGCCGAGAAGCUGGCGCAGUUCGUGGCUGCAGGGGGGCCCGAGGUGGAGGCCAUUGCCCUGCAGAACAACAGGGAGAACCCUGCCUUCAGGUUCCUGUACGAGCCCCACAGCAAAGGGCACCGCUACUACCGCCAGAAGCUCGAGGAGUUCCGCAGGGCCCGGGCUGCCCCCGGGGCCUCCCCUUUUCCCGGGAAUUCCCAGGAAUCCAGCCUCAAACUGAAAAGCAGUCCCGAGGCUUCUCCCUCCCCUCUGUGCUUCCCCCCUCUCCCUGUUCCCAUCCCGCCGCCUCUGGCUCUUCCCGUUCCCUCUCCCGUUGUUCCCGCUGCUCUUCCCGUUCCUUCAGCCUCUCCUGCCCCCUCCUCAUCCUCCACCUCCCCUCCAGAUCAGCUGGCUCCCAUUUCUGCCCCAAUCCCAAAUUCUGCCCCAAUCCCGAACCCAGCCGUGACCCCAAACCCAGCCGUGACCCCAAACCCAGCUGCAAUCCCAAACCUUGCCACGACCCCAAAUCCACCCGUGGCCCCGAGUCCCGCUCCGGGCAGCACCAAAAAGAAGAGGAAGAGCCGGUGGGGGCCGGAGGAGGAAAAGGUGGAAUUGCCCCUCCCACAGCUGGUGCAGCAGCUGGAUUCUCCCUCUCCCCUCUCAGUUCAGGACCUGAAGGGUCUGGGGUACGAGAAGGGCAAACCCGUGGGACUGGUGGGAGUCACGGAGCUCUCGGAGGCCCAGAAGAAGCAGCUGAAGGAGCAGCAGGAGAUGCAGCAGAUGUACGACAUGAUCAUGAAGCACAAGCGGGCGAUGCAGGAGAUGCAGCUGCUGUGGGAGCGGGCGCUGCAGCAGCACCAGCACGGCUACGACAGCGACGAGGAGGUGGACAGCGAGCUGGGCACGUGGGAGCACCGCCUGCGCCGCAUGGAGAUGGACAAGACACGGGAGUGGGCGGAGCAGCUGACCCAGAUGGGCCGAGGGAAACAUUUCAUCGGGGAUUUCCUCCCACCCGACGAGCUGGAAAAGUUCAUGGAGACCUUCAAGGCACUCAAGGAGGGCCGGGAGCCGGAUUAUUCCGAGUACAAGGAAUUCAAGCUGACGGUGGAAAACAUCGGAUACCAAAUGCUGAUGAAAAUGGGAUGGAAGGAAGGAGAGGGAUUGGGAUCCGAUGGGCAGGGAAUUAAAAACCCUGUCAGCAAGGGCACCACGACCAUGGACGGGGCAGGAUUUGGGAUCGAGCGCCCGGCGGAGCUGACCAAGGAGGACGACGAGUACGAGGCCUUCCGCAAGCGCAUGAUGCUGGCCUACCGCUUCCGGCCCAACCCAUUGAACAACCCACGGCGACCUUACUACUGAGGAGGGCUCUUCCCAACAGAUUUCCUGGGACUUCUUAUCCCAAACUUCAUUAUCCAUCUCUUUUCUCCUGACAUUAUCCGGCUUUUUUUUGGAAUCCCAGCUCCUCCUUCCCCCCAUGGAAAAGCUUUCCCAGCUUUUUUUGGGGACACGGGGAGGGUUUGGAGCAGCCCCAAAAUUCCCCCAGGGGACUCCCAAUUCCAAGGAGUUUGGGAUUUUUGGGAAUGGCAGAUCUUGUGCUGCUCCAGGAAGGGGGGGAGGAUUUUAUUCCUUGAUUUUAUCUUGGAAUCCCAAAUCCAAGAGAUUUUGGGGAAUUUGGGGAACCAGUGCCUCCAGUUUUGCCUCCGGAUGGGCGGAUCUGGCCUGGAUCUGUUGGGAAUUCCAGGAUUUGAUGGAUCCAGGGGGGAUUUAUUCCCUUCCCAGGUAUUUUGCCAACAUCUCCUGUGCUUUGGGAUGACGAAGACCCAAAAUUCCAAAGCCACGCUUCGGAAAAAUCCAACAGAAUUCCAGCACCACGCUUUGGAAAAAUCCAGUUGGAUCUUGUUGUCCUAAAAAUGGAAAAAAAAAAAAAACUGGAAAUACAAGUUUUCUUCGU